AUGUGACUACAAAGGCAGUACUAACUUACUGUAUAGUGUAUAGAGUAUAGACCCAAACCAUACUAUAGUAUAGAAAUUAAAAUGAUUUCUAUUUAGUAGUAAAAUCAAAUAAUUAUUGUUAUUUACAACAUUAUUACAACAGAUAGUCGUUAUUUUGAUAAAACCAUGGAUGCUGUCGACGCACUGCUGAGUCAGAGCGUUUUGAAACCUGGUUUCCAAAAAAAUUACAAGGUUCCAGUUAAUGAAAAAAGCUCAAAGGUCAUCAAAAGAAAUAAAAAGAAAGAAGAAGCAAAAACUAAAGGCAAAGGUUGGUUUAAUUUACCAGCAACUAAAUUGACUGACAAUGUUCGACACGAUCUCGACUUAAUCCGUAUGAGAUCAGCAUUAGAUACUAAACGUUUUUAUAAGAAGAAUGAAACUGAAGCAUAUCCCAAAUAUUUCCAAAUUGGUACUGUAGUAGAUUCACCAUUUGAAAGUAAAUCUGGUCGUCUCACUAAUAAGGAACGAAAACAUACAAUGGUCGAUGAACUUUUAGCAGAUGCAGAAUUCAAGCAAACUACUAAAAAACGUUACAAGAAUAUAUUAAUGGCUAAUCCUAAAAUGGCAUCUAAAAUAAGAAAAGAAAAUAGGAAAAUGAAUAAACUAAAAAAGAAAAGGAAGUAAUUAUUUGUUUAAAAACAUCUAUUUUUGUACAUUUGAAAUAAUAUAAAUUUAUUGUUUGAUUCA